CUUUCCUCUCUUCCCAUAUCAGGGUUGACUGUUAACGAGGAGGAGAAAUACGUACACAGAGACCAGAAAACCUACAAGAAGAAGAUUCUUACACUAAUGGCUACCAACGGAGAAGAAAACCAAGCCGGGAGGCACCAGGAGGUUGGUCACAAGAGCCUUUUGCAGAGUGAUGCUCUUUACCAGUAUAUUUUGGAGACCAGUGUCUACCCAAAAGAGCCUGAACCCAUGAAGGAGCUCAGAGAGGUGACAGCCAAGCAUCCAUGGAACAUCAUGACCACCUCAGCUGAUGAAGGCCAAUUCUUGAACAUGCUCCUCAAGCUCAUCAAUGCCAAGAACACAAUGGAGAUCGGUGUCUACACAGGCUACUCCCUCCUCGCCACAGCCCUUGCUCUUCCUGAUGAUGGAAAGAUCUUGGCCAUGGACAUCAACAGAGAAAACUACGAGCUUGGCCUGCCUAUCAUCCAAAAAGCAGGCGUUGCCCACAAGAUCGACUUCAGAGAAGGCCCUGCUCUCCCAGUUCUUGACCAAAUGAUUGGAGAUGAGAAGAACCAUGGGUCAUUUGAUUUCAUUUUCGUGGAUGCCGACAAGGACAACUACAUAAACUAUCACAAGAGGUUGAUUGACCUUGUUAAGGUAGGGGGAGUGAUCGGCUACGACAACACCCUCUGGAACGGCUCUGUCGUGGCUCCUCCUGAUGCGCCGCUUCGUAAGUACGUUAGGUACUACAGGGACUUCGUGUUGGAGCUCAACAAGGCACUCGCUGCGGACCCCAGGAUCGAGAUCUGCAUGCUUCCUGUUGGUGAUGGGAUCACUAUCUGCCGUCGGAUCAAAUGACCGCCCAAACCCAACACGUACACAUGGUUUGCACCGUCCGAUUAUUUUCCUCUUUCUUUUCCUUUGGCCUUUUUUCACUUGUACCUGUGUCUGAAUAUGGACGGUCCAUGAUUGACGAAGACCAUAUUUUAGGGGUGCUGAUUUAAUUUGCUUCCACAAUAUGAAAUAUUUGUAUUUCAGUAAUUUUAUAUGGUCUAUAUAUGUUUAUGUACGAAAUACAAUUCAAUAAGAUACGGCAUGUGUCACAUGUUUAUGUUU